GCGGAGCCCCGGGGUGCCCGCACCUAGGCCAUGCAGCGCCGAGCCGCGCCGCCCAGCCCCAGCGCCCGGGGAGGGGCCCGGAGGCGCUGAGACCCCAGCGCUGGAGCCUGGCCCGCGGGGGCCCCCCAGCCCCGGGGCUUAGCGGGGGGCACCGCCAUGCCGGGGGGCCGGGAUGGGGGGCCGGCGCCGUGCCCGGAGGGCCGGGACCCCGAGCGCCAGAAGCACUGGGCCGAGCUCUUCGACCAGCUGGACACCAACAAGGACGGGCGGGUGGACAUCAACGAGCUGCGGGAGGGGCUGGCGCGGAUGGGCAUGAAUGCCAGCUCCCGAGCUGAACAGGAGAUCCUGCGCGAGGGCGACACGGACCGGGACGGUGAGCUGGACUUCGAGGAGUUUGUGUCUUACCUGCAGGAGCGAGAGCGCAAACUGCGACUCAUGUUCCACAGCCUGGACCGCAACAACGAUGGCCAGAUCGACGUGUCCGAGAUCCAGCAGACAUUCCACAGCCUCGGAGUCUACAUCUCUCUGCAGCAGGCAGAGAAAAUCCUCCAAAGCAUGGACAAGGACGGCACCAUGACCGUGGACUGGCUCGAGUGGAGAGACCACUUCAUCCUCAACCCGCUGGAGAACAUGGAGGAGGUCGUCCACUAUUGGAAGCACUCCACGGUCCUGGACAUCGGCGAGUGCCUUACAGUCCCUGACGAAUUCUCCGAGAAGGAGAAGAGGACGGGGAUGUGGUGGAAGCAGCUGCUCGCGGGCGCCAUGGCUGGGGCUGUCUCCAGAACCGGAACCGCCCCGCUGGACCGGCUUAAAGUUUUCAUGCAGGUUCACGCCUCCAAGACCAACAACAUGAACGUGUUUGGGGGGCUGAAGGGCAUGAUCCAGGAGGGGGGCGUCCGCUCACUCUGGCGCGGCAACGGGAUCAAUGUGCUGAAGAUCGCGCCUGAGUCUGCCAUCAAGUUCAUGGCCUAUGAGCAGAUCAAGCGGGCGAUUCGUGGGCAGCAGGAGACGCUGCGGGUGCAAGAAAGAUUUGUGGCCGGCUCACUGGCCGGUGCCACUGCUCAGACAAUCAUCUACCCCAUGGAGGUGCUGAAGACCCGGCUGACCCUGCGGAAGACGGGUCAGUACUCGGGGGUGGCCGACUGCGCUAAGAAGAUCCUGCAGAAGGAGGGAAUCCGGGCCUUUUACAAGGGCUACCUCCCCAACGUGCUGGGCAUCAUCCCCUACGCCGGCAUCGACCUGGCUAUCUACGAGACGCUGAAGAACAUGUGGCUUCAGAAAUACAGCAGGAACACAGCGGACCCCGGCAUCCUGGUGCUCCUGGCCUGCGGGACGAUAUCCAGCACCUGCGGGCAGAUAGCCAGUUACCCCUUGGCCUUGGUGAGGACCCGGAUGCAAGCCCAAGCCUCCAUCGAGGGCGCCCCGCAGCCAACCAUGCUGGGUCUCUUCAAGCACAUCCUGUCGCGGGAGGGGGUGCUGGGCCUGUACCGGGGCAUCGCCCCCAACUUCAUGAAAGUGAUCCCGGCCGUCAGCAUCAGCUACGUGGUCUACGAGAACAUGAAGCAGGUGCUGGGCGUGACGUCCAGAUGAACCCGCCGGCCCGGCGGGGCCCGGAUGCCCCUGGCCCACCGCUUGCUCCCCGCCCCCUCGCUGCGCUUUGGAGGCUGGCGGAGCAGGAUCGGGGCCGGGGGGCGGCUCUGGAUCCAGGAGCGUUAAGAGGGACGCUGAGAGAUCUCAGCUGGAGCCCCCCGACACACAGACCUGCCCCGAUGCAGCAGGCCUGAGCCAGUCCAGAGGACCAAACCCUGGAGCAACCCUGAGGUGUUGGCUCUGAGUGUGACCGGAAAGGGGAACCCCUCACCCCAACUCUGCCACGCAGAGCAUGUCUGCUAGGGGCACCCUUUGCCAGGGGGUGUGGCUAGGAGCAGACCCGGAGCGUUCGUGGGGAGGAUUAAUACAAAGUUCAGGGUUUGACUAAAUUUAGUUUGAGGCUUGACAAGCUCGGCUUCCAACCACCCCCCCGCAGGUCUGCUGCGGGGGGCGUCGCUCCUGGAAGCGCAUGACACAUGUACGCCCCGUUCCCUGCAUGCUACGGCCUGGGGCAUGGCAUGUUUCCUGCACCGGGGGCUUUGCUGCCCCCCAAGCACUCGCUGACACAGUGGAUCCCACUGGAGACUCCUCCAACCAGCACUGACACUGGAUCCCACGGGAGAAUCCCUCCAAUCAGCACCAACACUGGAUCCCAGCGGAGAGUCCUCCACUAGCCACGCUCCCCCCCCCCCCCCCCGACAUCCACAAUGAUACAGGACUCUAGGGGGAAUCCUUCUAGAAGGGCUCCCCGACACAGUGACACCACUGGAUCUCACAGGGGGUCCCCUCCCGUGGAGAGGGUCACCCCCCAAGGAGCGUUACCAGAGCCCAGCUGGAAGCGCUGCAGCUCCCCCCAGCCCAGGUACUGCACCGGAUCCCCCAAGGGCAGCCUAAAACCCACGUGCUUGUGCAUGGAGCUUGCGAAACGGGGAGGCCACGUGUGACUUGCCUGGGGGGCUACCUUGAAAUCAGGGCUGGCACAAGCUCUUCCUCCAUUGCCACCCACUGUCCUUCUGCCCCCGCCUAGGCAGGGGAGACCUGGCACUGGUCGCCUCUUCCCCCACCCAGGGGAAGCCAGGCAGCCUCAGAGGUCUCCCCCUCCACACACCGAGCGGAUCUCCCCCUGCGCAGCAUGGGAGACCCACUGGCCUCCCGGCACCUGGGGCUGUGGUUGGGGCAGGGCGCGGCCCCGCUGGGGGGUGGGACGCAGGGUGAGCCACACCACGCCCACUGGCCAGAGGGGGUGGGAUGCGGCGAGGGCUCGUGGCCCCAGUGUCGCCAAGGCCAGCCCGUGGGUUACCCCAGGGUAACGUUGCCUGGGCAGAUGGGGGUGAAAUUCCACCCAGCAGGGGGCAGUGCUGGGCAUGCACAAACCAGUCACUCUGACAUGUCCCAUCCAGCAGGGGGCAGCAUGACAUGCACACAGCAGCCCCCCUACCCCCACCCCUCUCUACACACACACACACACACACACCCUUCAACGAGCCGCUCUGACAUAUCCCAUCCAGCAGAGGGCAGCAUUAUACAGUCCCAGUGGGCCCCCCGCCCCUCCCAGUACGUAGCAGUGACUGUCCAUCCAGCAGGGGGCAGUGUUACACACACACACACACACACACACACACACACACACAAUGCUUCCCCCUCCCCCAACCUUGGGCAGAGGUGCCUUUCUAACCUGCAGGGGGCAGCCUCACCCUGCUGCAUGUGCACUGCCCCCCCCAUAUACAUACUUGAGCAUGUGAAAUUCCACCCAGUAGGGGGCAGCACCCCCCCCCUUCAGCUCCCCUAGUGGUGGCCUGAGCCACACACCACGGAAGGUGUCGGCCUCUUGCACGGGGACGGUUUUAACUUGGGCCCGUUACGGACUCUGCCUUGUUUUCUAUGGCCCAUGUGGAGGCCCCACCCCUCAGGUACCGAGGCAGGGGAUUGCCCCCCCACACACACACACACCGGGGAGGGUGGAUCCCACAGGCAGGAGCCGCAAGGGCUAAUAUUCUUGCCUGACGAUUUUGCGUCGGGGUUUUGUUACGGCGCCUGCCUGCGGGCUCCCCGGCCGCUUCUUUGCACCGGCUCCGUUGGGAUCCGCCUGGAUCCUUUUCCCCAGGUUCCGAGCCGCAAUCUCUUCCCGGCUCCACCCCGUCACUACGGCCGCAUCAGUCACCAUCUCGACCCUCUAGCAGACCCCCACUCCCCCCCCCCACCUGCCCAGACCUUGGCCACAGACAUUUUUCCACGGGGCCACCCAGAGGAUUCAGGGGGCCUGGGGCAAAGCCGGGGAGCUGCGGUGCUUGUACUCACC